UAUCGCUUGCGUUAACGAACAUGUCUGGAAGAGGAAAGCAGGGCGGUAAAGCCAGGGCUAAGUCUAAGACCCGGUCGUCCCGGGCUGGUUUGCAGUUCCCUGUCGGACGUGUCCACAGGCUCCUGCGUAAAGGCAACUACGCAGAACGUGUGGGUGCCGGCGCACCGGUGUAUCUGGCGGCCGUGCUGGAGUAUCUGACCGCAGAGAUUCUGGAGUUGGCCGGAAACGCAGCCAGGGACAACAAGAAGACCCGUAUCAUCCCCCGCCACCUUCAGCUGGCCGUCCGCAAUGACGAGGAGCUCAACAAACUGCUGGGGGGAGUGACCAUCGCUCAGGGUGGCGUGCUGCCCAACAUUCAGGCUGUCCUGCUCCCCAAGAAGACCGACAAGUCUUCCAAGAACAAGUAG